CCGUACAUUGGUGGUUGGAUCCAUAUAUUAUUCUUAAUAAAUGCAUCAUUUUGUAAUCACUGCUGAUCCAUUAUAGAAAUUUAAUGAUAAAUGGAAGCUUAAGGUUAACAGUAGAAAAAUCAUGUGUUUAUCUAUCGAAUAUUUUGUUAGCGAUAUAAAUGAUCUUUUGCCUUCCAUAAUACCAUUUUAAUUCAAGGACCAGGAAAGAUCACUUGUGCACAUUACAGAAAUGACACUUCAAUUUAACAUUUUUACUAUAUGUUUAAUAUUAAUAUUUAACAUAGCGUUAAUUGUGUCCUCGAAAACAGCAGAAAACUUAAAUAAGAACAAAUUUGAGCCAUGGAGAUUAAGUGAUAACAUCUACAAUAAUCCAUUUCUUCGUAAUUCAGGCAACAGUGAAAGGUAUAAAAAGAAUCCUUUCUUAUCAAAUAUUUCAAUGUUGUCUGUUUCGUAUAAUGGGAAUAGUACUGAAUUGAACAAAACACCUGUAAAUAGCAAAUCACUCAAGGUAUCAGUAUUUCCCAUGAAUGAUUCAUAUCUUAGCACAAGUAUGCAGAAUAAGAAGGUAUCGAUGGAUAAAAUUCCAAGUAUAACAAAUCCAUACAUAUAUUCAAAAUCAAAGUCAGAACUUAAAUGUGAGGAAUAUGAAAGACAAAUCUUAGGCACAACAAAUGCAUUGUCUUUAGUGGGUACAAAUCCAGAGGUGAUUACAAUAACUAAUCAAAAAUGUAAGACCACAAACCAUCUUGUUGUUGGAGGUAUCGAUGCUUCUCCUGGAGAGUUUCCUCACAUGAUUGCUUUAGGCAUUAAAGCUUCAGAUGGGUCAUUUAUUUUUUCAUGCGGUGGCACUCUUAUCGCUCCAGAAUGGGUACUUACUGCUGCACACUGUACUUAUGGGCCAAGAAGCCCUACAAAUGCUCGUAUUGGUAUGUCUAACUUGAGAAAUAAUCAACAAGGUAUCACAACUACGAUCAACAGGAUAGUACGACAUCCAAGUUAUAAACCUCCUGCUAUGUAUGCUGACAUAGCUCUUUUAAAACUAAGUACAGCUGUUGCCUUUAACAAUGAAAUAAGACCUGCUUGUUUAUACCAACGAUAUGAUACUGUGCCUAUGCAAGCAUGGAUCAGUGGUUGGGGAGUCACAGAAUUUGAUGCGGAAGAAGAGAGUGAUCAACUGCAAAAGGCUCUUCUUAAUAUUGUUGAUAACAUAGAUUGUGCAAUAAAAUACAAUGAGUCCAUAUCAAUAGCAAUACCACAUGGAAUUAUGCCAAGUAUGAUUUGUGCAGGAGAUACUCUCAGUGGUUGGAAUAAAGAUACUUGUCAUGGAGAUUCAGGAGGCCCCUUACAAAUACCCCAUCCAAGAAAUGAAUGCUUAUUUCAAGUAUUAGGUAUUACCAGUUUCGGACAAGGCUGUGCAAUUGUCAAUACACCUGGAGUAUAUACUAGAGUUUCACACUAUCUUAACUGGAUCGAAGAUAUUGUUUGGCCAUAAAUUUUGUUUUGUAUCAUUAAUGUACACCUUAGUUUGCAAAGAUAAAAAAUUGUUUAUUUUUCCAGCAACAUUUCGACUGAUUUAAAGAUUAAAAGUUAAAAAUACAUUUGAUAAUAAUGUUUAAAAGUGUAGUAAUGUUUGAUAAAAGUGUUAUCUGUCAAUGUAUGUACAUAUCAAAUAAUCUUAUUAAUGCACAAAGUGAGUGUUAUUUUUAUGACAUUAGUAUUUUCAGAUUAUAUUAAUAUUGUUUGAAACAUGUGCACAUAGUACUAUAUAAUUGUAAUAUAGAUUGACUAGAAGAUUUUUUAAUCUGUAAGAAUGACUUCAGGGUGACUGUAAAUAAUAAGUGUAACUUCUGCCAUUAUUAGGCAUGAAAAUUAUACUCAAGAUAUUUUUGUAUCAUGAAUGGUCUUCCAUGUGAGACCAUCUCCAUAUGGUCCAUGAUUAGAUGGAAAAAGUAUAUGCCACCAACUUCUGUGAUAUGGAAUAUAAAGUUAUAAUUAUAUUGUAAAA